AGAAGUUCUGAUCAACACAUCACUUCCACAACACCCCGACUGGACGUCGCACCAUGGCCGCAGACUGGACGACUGAAGUGCAGGCCGCCUUUCAGGGUGACCCCGACUUGGCCGCACGAAUCGUCGCAGUCGGGACGCAAUACCAGGGAGAACUGCCGGCAUUGUUCGCCGACAUAGCCAGAUACGUGCGCGGCGGGACUGCGACUUUGUCUGUACAGCCCGGCAACACCAAGAAGCGGAAGCUGGACGAUGCAUCACAGCCUACACAGUCGAGCACAAAUGGGACGACGGCAGGAGCUGGAAUCGCCAACCCGACCACGACCUUCGAAUGCAAGAAUGUCAGCUUCCAGGUCCCGGCGCGAAAGAAGCUGAAGCUGCAGCUGGUCGCCGAGCAGUCAGAUUCGAGGAGACGAGAAGUGCGGCUACUCAAUGCGCAGACGAAUGACAUCGAAUACACCAUCCCCAAUGGGCAGAUCGACCAGAUCUUCUGCUUGCCUGUGCCGGAGAAACAGCAACGGCAGUCCAGCUUCGUCAUAAUACCCCAGGCAGGGGCAGUGGCUGCGGAUGGGACAUCAUGCGAGCAGAUUGUGUUCACGAUGAACGAGACGAAGCCAGACGAUGCAGCAUCUGCAAGCCGCGCGAAGACGGAGCAGGAUAACUACAUCACUGUCACAGAACCGGAGCUCAACGAUCUGCUACACGCGUACGGGAAGCAGGUCGUCCGCCCCGACGAGAACGAAUUCGCGAGCAGCAUUCCGCAGUCGCAUCGUAAAGGCGAGAAGGCAUAUCAUGUAAAGGCGCAUAGGGGCACGAAAGAGGGCUACCUCUUCUUCCUCCCCAACGGCAUACUCUUCGGUUUCAAAAAGCCCCUCUCCUUCUUCCCUUUCUCCUCAGUCGAAUCCAUAAGCUACACCUCCGUCCUCCAACGAACGUUCAACCUCGUCAUUACCGCAACCGAAGGCGGGAGUACCGAAGGAAAAGACGUUGAAUUCAGCAUGAUCGAUCAGGCAGAUUUUGCAGGAAUCGAUGAAUACGUCAAGCGACAUGGUCUGAACGACGCAUCUAUGGCGGCAGAACGCCGCGCAAAAGCUUACAAUGUGAACAAGGAGAAGAAGGAUGCAAACGGUGAUGGAGGAGAACAAGCGCCAGCAGGCGGAGUAGGAGAGGAUGGUUUGACAGAGCUGCAGCGAGCGGAACAGCAAUUGCAGGAUCAGGAAGACGAGGAGGAAGAGGACUAUGUGGAGUCUGGCGGGGAGAGUGAUGGGGAGGGAGAGAGCAGUGAGGAGGACGGUGAGGGGUAUGCCGAGGGAGAAGGGGAGUACGAUGAGGAGGAAGAAGUCGAAGAGUAGAUGGACCGCAGUGUGUUUGCACUGAUGCACGACUGGCGCCACUUGCAGAUGUACAUGAUGAAUGACCAACGAAGAGAACUCCUCCCGAGCUGCAGAUGCUCGUGGAUAACAAGCCAAUGGUGGCACGAUUGAAACGGAUACGACGAGCUGGAACGACAAACAUGCGGAGACGGCCCAAAUGUCGACCGCUUCUGAUCGGCCUUCAUGUCUCGAUUCCUGAGUCCUCGUUUUGGCCUUCCAAUCCCAGAUCGAAGAGUAGACUACGCUUUGGAGUCAUAGAACCGAGCAGACAGGAUAUCAGAGGUAGCUACGGCUACUAAUGGUCCGGAGGGCAAGCGGUGUGCAGUAUGUGCAUGAGAGACUGACUUGAGCUGGCUGACGAUCAAAUUGACUAGUGCUCUAGUCCUCACUCUUCUCCGUACGCGCCGCAAACGACACUGUGCAUGAACUUGAAUAUCCGCCAAGAAUAGCACAUACGUGUUAUCACGGUUUCUAUGCUACCCGACCAUUCUGCCGUCCGCUCUCCGAUCUUUACCAUGCCUUCCAAUCGCACGUGCUGCUUGGCGUGAAAGACUUUGCAAGAUU